AUGACAGACACUAAAAUAAUUGGAUUUGAUAAUCCAAAUGAAGUGGAUAGUGAUGAUGGAUAUGAUAAUAAUGUACCAUCCGAGAUAAAAUCUAAAAAGAAAGGAACAGGUGCUUUUGGUUGCAUGGGAUUAAGUCAAAAUGUUCUUAAAGGUAUCACUGCAAAUGGUUACAAACACCCCACACCAAUUCAGAGAAAAACUAUUCCACUGGCAUUGGAAGGACGAGAUGUUGUUGCCAUGGCGAGGACAGGUAGCGGGAAGACGGCUUGUUUUUUAAUUCCAAUGCUUGAAAAAUUAAAAAUGAGACAACCGAAAGUUGGUGCGAGAGCACUAAUUUUAUCCCCAACCCGUGAAUUAGCAUUACAAACAUUGAAAUUUAUUAAAAAUCUUGCUCAUUACACGGAUUUAAGAGCUGCUGUUGUUUUGGGUGGUGACAGCAUGGAUGAACAGUUUGAAAGUAUUCACAACAACCCAGAUAUUCUUGUUGCAACACCUGGACGUUUUCUUCAUAUUUGUAUUGAAAUGGAUCUUAAAUUGGAUAAUGUUGAAUAUGUUGUUUAUGAUGAAGCCGAUCAAUUAUUUGAAAUGGGAUGGGGAGAACAAAUUAAUGAAAUAGCGAAUCGAUUACCAGAAUCACGUCAAACGCUACUUAUCUCGGCAACACUUCCUAAAGUUUUAGUUGAAUUUGCAAAAGCUGGUCUGAGUGAUCCAGUUCUAAUACGUUUGGAUGUCGAGAGCAAAUUACCAGAAGAAUUGAAACUAUCAUUCAUAACUUGUAGACCAGAAGAAAAAGUAGCUGUUUUGCUGUGUUUACUUAAAUAUGUCAUUAAACCAGAUUCACAAACAAUUGUUUUUGCUAGUACAAUGCAUCAUGUCGAAUACAUUCACAUGAUAUUGGACCAUGCUAAUAUAACAAAUACUUUCAUUUACUCAAAUUUAGAUUCUUCAGCACGUAAAAUUAAUGCUGCGAAAUUCAAAGCUAAUGUAGUUAAAGUUUUGAUUGUAACAGAUGUAGCAGCGAGAGGAAUUGAUAUUCCACAUUUGGAUAACGUAAUUAAUUUUAAUUUUCCAGCUAAGAGUAAGCUUUUUGUUCAUCGUGUUGGACGCUGUGCUCGAGCUGGAAGAACUGGAACAGCGUAUAAUAUAGUUUCUAACGAUGAAUAUGCAUAUCUUCUGGAUUUAAAUCUUUUCUUAGGUUUACCUUUUAGCAUAGUGCCAUCAGAAUCAUCGACAAAAAGUAUUGAAAGUGCUAUCGGAAAAUUGCCACAGUCCAUGAUCGAGCAGGAAGUCGCAGAAUUGAUUGCAUGGCACGAUAAUAAUACCGACCUUUUGAAUAUGCAAAAUGUCUGUAAAAAUGCUUACCAACAAUACAUUCGUUCAAGACCAGCAGCUUCAACAGCAAGUAUAAAAAGAGUUAAAGAGCUAGAUAUAGCUAGUGCUGGUGUGCAUUCUGAAUUUAUGAACAUGGCACCUAAGAUUGCAGAUUUAUUGACACAAAUGAAAAGUUAUAGACCUCGAGGGACUGUAUUUGAAGUAUGUAGAAAGCCGUCUUCAACCGAUUACAAAGUAAUGACAGCAAAACGCGAACUUCAUAGCGAUGUAAUUACAAAAUUUAAAUCUAAACAAGCUGAAAGAAAAGAAAAUACGUUGAAAAUUGUGAAUAAUAUUAAACAAGAAUCAAAACUUGAUACAAGUACAAAUGACGAAAUUAGUAAUGCAUUCAAGGAGGUUGUUAAGCCGAAAAAAAGAAAAAUUGAUGACUUGUACAAAGAACCUAAGAAAAAGAAACGUGGUGUUCGUGAUGAAGAAUUUUAUAUUCCUUAUUCUGCUCCAGAUAAACAUACUGAAGAUGGGCUUGCUGUGAAUAAUUUUGCAACAUCAGCUGAGCGAGAGCAAAUGGACUUGACUGGUGAUAAUGAAGACGCGUUCCGACAACAGAAACAAAUGAAAAAAUGGGACAGAAAAAAGAAAAAAAUGGUUACCGUUAAUAAUACUUCAAAAGUUGGAAAGAUCCGUACGGAAAAUGGUACUUGGAUUUCAGCUUCUUUCAAGACAAACCGUUAUAAACAGUGGAAAGAAAAAUCUAAAAUUGAUAGCUUAAAUAACGAUUUUGAUGAUGAUGUUGAUGAACCAGAAGAUGUAAAAAAAUUGCAAGUAAAUUCACACACUCAUUGGGGAAGGCACAAUAAGAAAGUUAAAGAAAAAAUGUUGAAAGCUAAAAAUGAAUUGAAAAGACCUGAACAAAUUUUGAAACAACGGAGAAUACAAGAGAUGAAAAAAGAAAGAGAAGAAAAACUUCGAGGAAAAGGCAAAGGCAAAGGCAAGGGCAAGGGCAAGGGCAAAGGAAAAGGAAAAGGCGGUAGGAAAUAG